AUGUUCUUGUUUUAUUUAUUUCAAUUUACUCAAGUGAAAUUACAUCACAUCCUUCACUCUCUACUGAGUCAUGUUCAUGAGGUAGUUCUAUAUCUUUAUAUUCACUUUCAUGUUAUCCACAUUAUUUCAUUAUCUUUCAUUUUAUUAAUUUGUUUUAUUUUGAAAUGGAGUGUUCUAUACAUUUCAAGUUUGUUAAUAAAUAUUAGAAUUAUCUUCUUAUCACAUAUUAUUGUCAUAUCAUUUAUUAUUUAUAUUUGUUUAUUUUAUCUUCUAUAUAAAUAUCUAGUAUUUUAUGAAAUAUUCACUUUUAUUACCUAUUUGAUGAUUCAAUACAAUGAACACUUCAUUAUUUUAUAUUCUUCUUUUGAGUUUACCCUUUCAUUUUUAUUAAUAUUAAUAUUAAUUUCAUUUUAUUCUAUUUUAUUUUAUUCUCUAUUUCUUCAUCAUUCAUUAUAUUUAUUUUAUAUUUUAAUUUAUCACAUCUCCAGAUAUAUUCUCUUAUUAAUUCAUGUUUAUUAA